CUAUUGUAUAUAGCCAACGUGUGAAUAAUGUUCUUGAUGGCUCGUACUAAGCAGAUUGUUCGCAAGUCCACGGGAGGAAAGGCGCCUAGAAAGCAACUCGUCGCUGCCGCCGCUCGUAAGUCUGCUCCGUGCAUUGGAGGAGUUAAGAAGCCACACCGAUACCGUCCUGGGACCGUAGCCCUUAGGGAGAUCCGAAAGUAUCAGAAGAACACAGAGCUGCUGAUAAGGAAGCUGCCGUUCCAGAGGCUCGUCAGGGAGAUCGCACAGCUCUUCAAGCACGACAUGAGGUUCCAGAGCCACGCGGUGCUGGCACUGCAGGAGGCGGCGGAGGCGUACCUGGUGGGUCUGUUCGAGGACACCAACCUCUGCGCCAUCCACUCCAAGCGCGUCACCAUCAUGUCCAAGGACGUUCAGCUUGCCAGGAGGAUUCGUGGCGAGAGGCUCUAA